UAGUAUUCCCUUUCUUCAUUCAAUCCUAUCAACUGAACUGUCCUGAAUUGCCACAAUGGAAAAUCCGUGGUUACGGACAUUGCAACAAUUCACGGAAAUACACAUGUUUACUUGACACCAAUGAAAACACGUUCAACGAAAACUGUGAAUUUGGUUUACAUUUUCUAGGACCAGGAUAUAAAUUUGUUAUAAGUGGCAUGCUAGAUAUACGGCAAUGUGGAGCAGAAAGGUUUCAACCUUUAAAAUUGCCUUCUAACACUAGUAGCAACUGUGUUAUGCUGAAAUCGCAAUGUAACGGAGAAGGACAGGUAGAUUUCAGCAAUGGAACAACUACUCAUGACAGAUCAUGUCGAUGCAAUUACUUAAACAAUUUUGUUUUUGUUACAAAGCCAAAAGCAACCUGCUACUGUGUACCCUCUCAAGAAGAUUGUAGUUGUUAUUACAAGGCUUGUCCUGUAGACCACUAUCUUACACCAGAUUAUCAGUGUGUUCAUUUUAGCAAUUUGGCUGGUAUCUUUCAAUGCCCAGAGAUACAAAACGAAAAGAAACCAAAAAGUGUCGCACCGACAAAAACAAUUUUUACACCGAAAUCAAUACAAGAUUUACAUCACUGGAGACUGAGAGCAGUGAUAACAAUAUUCCUCAUGAUAUUUGCAUUGUUAUCUCUUCAAGGAAUUUUGAUCUUUCAUAAGAAAUACAGGAAAUUACAAGAAAUUGCCAAUGAAAAAAUAAUGUUAAAAAGUGAAAUGCUAUCUACAAAACAUGAUACCUAUACAGAAAAUAGUGAAAUUUCAAAGGGUUCAACAUCAUUAAAAAAAGAGGAACUGGCAGAAAGUGGGAAAGAGUUGAUACAAUCAACAUUACAGAAUAGUAUUUCAGAAACUGAAAAUAAUUUAGAAAAUAUGAAAAAACACUUAUCUCUCGCAAAAGAUGUUUUCAGUAAGUCUGGAAAACACAAAACUGUGUCUACACUGGUAGAAACUCGACCCUUGAAGCUUCUGAAAAAACAUAUUGUCGAAAAAGAUUAUUUUUGUGUUAUUGGUGUAUCAGGCAGUGGAAAAUCAGUAAUUCUUUAUCAAAUAGCUGACGAAAUGUAUAACAAAGAAGGAUAUCAAAUUGUUACUGCAAAUAAACCGUCGGAAGUUCUUGAAAAAAAUAAUGACUACCGAAAACAGUUGUUUGUAUUCGAUGAUGUAUGUGGGAAGUUUACCUUUGAUCCAACACUUGCUGACAGUUGGAAUUUGCUAUCAGCUAGAAUACGAGAACUUUUAAAAGAAAAUAAGACAAAGCUUAUAUUUUCCUGUAGAUCUAAUAUCUCGAAAGAACAAAUGUACCAAGCAGUAAGUAUACUUGCCGAGAAUACAUGUGAUAUGCAGUCAUCAGAAUUUUCUAUGACAAGUGAAGACAACAACCAAAUAGCAAAAUAUUUCUUGACUGAAAAUGAUGUAGACAGGUUGAAAACCACUGAUGAUUUUAAAACAAACAAAAGUAUUCCGUUACUUUGUAAUUUAUAUUCUAUAUUUAGAAAUGAAGAAACUGACGUCGUGCAUUUCUUCUCAAAUGCCAAAAAAAUACUUAAGGAUAAAAUAGAUUUCAUUGCAAAUAAUCCAACAUGCAGCACUAUGUUUUUCUUUUUCGUUAUUUCUAACAAUAAUCUAAGCGAAAAAUUCGUGCAGGAUAACAAAUGGAUAAUUGCCGAAAUUGGAGAAAGCAACAUUUCUGUGGAAGAAAUUAUCAAUGCCAUUCAACAUAAUCUUUUGUUUGUUAAAAAAAAAUAUGCAAACUUUUUUGUAUGUCAUGACAUGGUAUUUGACGUCCUGGUUUCAUCUGUCAGUCAACGCCGCCUUAACGAAAUUCUGAAAUUUGCAUGUGCAGAUCUUCUUUGCGAAAGAAGUCACUUUGAAUCUAUUGGCCUUGGGCCUGAUUAUGGAUGUAUCAAAAUACCAUUCGACAAGGAAGGGUUAUAUUUUGAACGUUUAUACAGUGGUUUUAAAACAUAUCUAUCUUUCCAAAAUAGGCAGCUCAAAUUCAAAUCUUACAGAAAAAAAUUCAUCUUGAUCGUUCUUGAAAAUUUGUAUUUACCAAAAUUAAUCUUGGCAAAUGACAUUUCCCCAUUUCUUAUAAGUACAUUUCAAGGUUUUUCUGACGUGGUUUACGCAUUGUUAAAGAUCUCGGGUACUAGCAUAGUAAAUAUAACUGACAAAGUAGGUCGUACAGCUUUGUAUAUAGCAGCAGAAUUCAACGACAUACACACUGGUACAGUGCUAUUGAAUGGAAAAUGUGAUUUAAAUAUAUCUCGAAAGGAUAAAUAUCAUGAAGGAGAAACACCACUACAUAUUGCCGCAUUUAAAAGUAAUUUACGAUUUGUUCAAUUAUUAAUAGAAAAUCAUGUCGACAUAGAUCAACUUAAUGUGAUGCAAAUGACAGCACUGCAUAUAUCGUCCACAAAAGAUGACAAAAAUUUAGUAAAAUAUUUGUUAGAUAAUGGUGCUAAUCCUAAUAUUCCUAACACGAAAAUGAACACACCUUUACACACUGCUGUAGCUAAAGGUAACACAGUUAUAGUUGAGUUUCUUAUAAAUCAUGAAUCUGAUCUUAAAAAACCAAAUCAAGAUGGAGAAUCGCCGUUGUAUCUAGCAGUUUCAAAGGGACAUGUUGUGGUUGUUGAUAUGUUGUUAAAGGCUAGUCGAAGUAUUGUAAACGUUAAUUAUGAAUAUAUGUAUCCUUUAUAUUUUGCGGCAAGAGAAGGAUUUUAUGAAAUAGUAAAACUAUUGUUAGACUCUGGCGCUGAUCCAGACAGUUGUGCGUUACUUGAAAAGUCCCCUCUUUAUGUAGCAUUAGAGAUGGGUCAUUUUGAAAUUGCUAAAUACUUGCUUCAGAAAAAAGCAAAUGCCAAUUUGUAUAUGUAUGGUGGUUUUACACCAAUUUAUGUUUCAUCGCUCAAGGGAUAUACAAAAAUUGUGGAACUACUCUUAAGAAACAACGCUGAUCCAAAUAUUUGUACAUCCGAAAAAUUAAGUCCAUUAUAUGUAGCUUGUAUCAAAGGUCAUUCUGAAAUAGUGGAAAUUUUGUUAAAUAAACAUGCAAAUAUAUCGCUCUCAGAUAUAAACAACAGAUCACCACUUUAUGUAGCAUCUCGUGAAGGUCAUUUAUACAUUGUUAAAUUACUGUUAGACCAUAAAGCAGAUCCAAAUCAAGCAACUGUAGUAAACAGAACUCCUUUAUUUAUUGCAACAUUAGAAGGACAAACCGACAUUGUAAGGCAUUUACUCCUUAAGAACGCCAACGUUAAUAUUGCAACAGCAGAUCGUGAAACUCCACUACUUGUUGCCUCUCGUGAAGGGCAUACUGACAUUGUUAAAUUACUUAUAGACAACGGAGCAGAUAUAAAUCAAGCUACUGUGGCAAACAGAUCUAUAUUUGUGGCGGCUUCUAAAGGACAUACGAACAUUGUACACUAUUUACUCAAUAAAAACGCCAACGUUAAUAUUGCAACAGUAGAUCGUGAAACUCCACUACUUUUUUGCCUCUCGUGAAGGGCAUACUGACAUUGUUAAAUUACUUAUAGACAAUGGAGAAGAUCCAAGUGAAGCUACUGUAGCAACUAUGAAUCUUAUUUUUGAGUCGGCAUUAAAAGAACAAACUAAUAUUGUUCCGCUUCUACAUCUUAAAAACACCAACUUCAAUAAUGCAUCAUUAGAUCAUAAAAUUAAAUUCGUUGUUGUCUCUCGUCAACAGCAUUUUGAAAUUAUUAGAUUACUAAUAGACCAUGGAGCAGACCAAAAACAAUCUACUGUCGCAAACAUAAUUCCUAUAUUUGAGGCGGUAUCAGAACGACAUACGAACAAUGUGUGGUAUUUACUAAAAAACAACGCCAACUUUAAUAUUGAUACAAUAGAAAAUGAUACUCCACUCUUUGUUGCCACUCGUGAAGGUCUUAUUGAAAUUGUUAAACUAAUGGAAGACCAUGGAGCAGAUCCAAAACAAGAUAUUAAGGAUAACAUAACUCCUAUACUAGUAUUCGUGGCGGCAUCAGAGGUUUAUAGAGAUGUUGUAAGGUAUUUACUCCAAAACAACGCCGACUUUAAUAUUCCAACAGGAGACCAUAAAAGUCAACUUACUGUUGCCUAUCGUAAAGGGUAUACUAACAUUGUUAAAUUACUAAUAGACCAUAGUUCAGAUCAAAAACAAGCUACUGCAGUAAAUAGAACUCCUGUAUUUGAGGCGGCAUCAGAAGGACAUACGGACAAUGUGCGGCAUUUACACCAUAGCAACGCUCACCGUCAUAUUGCAACUUCCAUUGUUGGCACUUCUGAAGGGCAUUUUGACAUUGAAAACAACUUAAAAUAUCAUACCGAUGUAAAUGAAUAAUAAAAAUACUUUAGUAAAAUGAAAAUUAGUUAAAAACAAAAUCAUAGAACAGCAUGCAUUAUAUUUAUUGUUGUUUUUUUUUAAAUCAGAAAUUAAAAAAACAUUUCAUUCAAAUACAUGCAUGCGAUUUUUUUGUCUUCCAAAAAGUAGGUUGCUUAGUAAUAUAGACAGUUAUGAAACCUAAAAUAUGUGUUGAAAUAAAUCACAACUGGACUUUGAUUGCUAAAAUCACCAUUCUAAAUUUUAUUGAGUAUAAUUUUUAAGCAAAUUGAGAUUUUUUAAUUGUGCAAUAAUAUCUAUAAUACAAAUAAGUAAACUUAAACUUGUAUUCGUGAAACUUGUUGAAUUGUAUUCUCCUUUGUAGAAUUAGAUAUAAGUUUGAAGCCUGAUGCUUGUCCCAAUUGCAAGUACCCGCGAUGAUAUCGAUAUUGGUCAUGACAGCCCAUCUUAUCAAAUUAUAAUUUUGUUCACCGUAAAAUGCUGAAAACCGAUGUUUCAUUAAUAGAACAACGGAAAAUAUAAAAUAUUGUGAUAAAUAUAUCGCAAAGUGUAUUCAAAGUAUACGGAAUCCCAUUUAGGACUAACAAAUGAAUUUCUGUAUUACGAAUAAAAUAUUCGUUAUAAAAUAAGUAAAAUCGGAAAUGGCGAAUGUUUGAAUUUUUCAUUAAGAAAAUAAGGUGUAGCUACAUGUAUAUACAAAUUAAGAUUGUACAUUUUUCAAUUUGUAUAUAUCGAUAUAAUAAAUCUGUAAUAAAAUGUUUUUUGAAUUGGUAACAACGAAGAAAAUUGUAUUCUCAUUUUUGGUAUUGAAUAUAAUAUUGAAGCCUGUUGCCUUUACCAAAUAUAAAUGUAAUGAUUUUUAUAAUAAUUAUAAUGAUAACAUAGCAGCUUGAUGUAUUGAAACACAGAAUAAUAAUGUACUCUAUAUAUUGUAAAAUAAAAUCAUUUAUAUGUUAA